UCCAUGUCUCCCAUUUACCUCCCGCAGGCUAAACCACGAGGAGAAGAGUAUAAACAGUCUUCCUCCCACUCCACUGAAUCAGUAAUGCAACCAAGUUGCUAAAAACAACACAGAAACGCACACACAGUGUGAUUAGUGUUUGGCUGAAUGCUGACAGGGGGAAAGUGUAUUCAUCACAGACAGUGUUUGCCAGUAUAGACAGAGUUAAGCAUGUGCAAAGCAGUCUGUUGGUGUGUAUUUCAUGCACGUAGAUGUAUUGGAAGUAGUAUGGAUGGAUAAAUAAAGUCCGGAAGAAAGAAGAAAAGAACAAACUGGAUGUUACAGCCGUCCAAGACACCCCCUAUCUAUUCCUUCCCUUCUCCUCCUCCAUUCUCCACUCAUCGUUCGCUUUAUAUACACUACUCCAUCUCUCCCUCUUUUCUUCUCCCCACCACUCCACUCUCUAAGAGGGGGAAGUUUGAGUUAAAUCGCCCUGUCAGAGACAGAAGUGUGUGCUGCCGCUGCAGAGCAUGUCUGCACUUCACAAAGCCAAGUACACACCACCGGAGCAACAGACAGAGAGCGAGAGAGAGAGAGAAAGAGAGAGAGAGAAGGAGGAGCACACAGUACAGAGGGAAGGAGGAGGAGUGGCAGGGAAUGAACAUGUGUGUGCAUGCAUGCGUGUGUGUGAGAGAGAGACACACAUACAGACUGAAAAAGGGUGUGUGUGUGUGUUUGUGCUCGUGUGUGUGUGCGCCGUGCAUGCUCACUGGUGUAUGAGUUGGUGGCCACUCCCCCGUAAGUGAAUGCUGAUUAGAGCUGCCUGGAGUCUGAUGAAGUCCACAGUGCUGCCUCUGUCUGUAGCCAACACUGCUGCUGCCACUACUGCUGCUGCUGCUGCUGUUGGUGGUGCCGCUGCUGUCACUGUCAUCCACACCAGUCAGUCUCGGUUUGUCACUGUCAUUGUCAUCACCGGACAGCUCUGCCAACGGGACACAAGCAACUGAGGACUUCAGCUUACAGUCGUCUUUUUCUCUCUCACAAACACUCUCUCUCUCUCUUUCCCUCUCUCUCUCCCUCUCCCCCCCUCUCUCAAUCAUUAUCUCUGACACACACACAUGCUUACACACACACUACCUCUCUGAGCCAGCACUUCCACCGCUGGCUGACAGGCUUGCGCCAGUACGUUCAUUCGUUUCGCCAGUUUGGCUUUGACUUCUCCAGGAAGAACAACGCAGGAAGGACACUGAAAAGAAAAGGAAGUAUAGGAAGCUAUACGAUACGUCCACUCCUGCCUCUCUGUGGAGUUGUUUUGAGAGAAGCGACAAGCGCGCCAGUGGAGAGGGGCGUGCGCGUAUACGUGUGUGUGUGUUUCACAUCACAGCGUGGACGGUAGAAGGGUCCGCUCUGCUCACCUGGCCACCACACGCGCCUGUGUGUGUGUCUGAGUCUGUGUCUGGGUCCCACGCCGGCUGUGGCUGAUGGAUUAGUCUGAGCUGCUGCUCCAGAGAAAGGAGAGAAAGAGGGAGAGAAAGGAGGAGAGGAGAGCCAAGGCUGUGCAGCGGAGCGCAGCACACCGGAGCCAUGGGCAACCAAGCAGCGAAAACAGAGGAGCAGGAGCCAGGGCUCCCACCAAAGAAAUCGGGGAUCCCUGCCCCCAAAGAAAUCUCGUCGACCACCGUCUCCCGCGACCGGUCGUCCCUUCGCGAGCAGCUGAAGGGCUCGGCCACCAAGAAGAUGGUGCCCAGCGCCAGCACCUCUAGCCUCUCCACGCUGGCCAAGCGCAACGCGGCAACAGCGGCUAUGACGGCCAACAAGGCCAACAAGCUGGAUGCGGAGGGCGCCGACAAGGCUCUGCUGGAGUGCCAGGUGAAAGAGCUGAUGGCCGAGGCCAAAGCCAAAGACUUUGAGAUCACCAAGCUUCGCUCGGAACUGCAGCGACAUCGGGGCAAAGCAGCAGCAUCUUCGCCCAGCGGAGACUCUGGUGCAGCCACUCCUGCUGUCGCCACCACCCCCACCACGCCAGAGCACCACGGGGAAGGGGACCACGCUAUUACUGCUGCGCCCACUGACCCCCACACCAUGGUGGUGGAGCUGAAGCAGAAGAAUGGUCGCUUCCAGAGAGAGCUGGCUAUCCUGAGGGACGAGAACCAGAGCCUGAAGGAAAAGCUGAUCUCAUUAGAGAGCGAGUCCGCCAUGAUCAGCAACACCAAUACGACCGCCGCCGUCUCAUCCACCAGCCCCACAAAACUCUCCAUCAACGGCAUCCUGCCUGACUGCCCCACCAGUGACCCCGGCACCCCUGGCACCCCCGUCAGCAAGAUCCCGCUCAAGUUCUCCACGUCCUCCAGCAGUGACAUCACUAAAGGCUCGAUGACCACCUCGCCCUCGCCAGACUCGUCUGAGUUCGAGAAGAUCCCAUCCCGCUCUGGGUCAGACUCGUCGUCGGGCGCAGAGGACCCUGCGACAGCCACCUCGGCCACCACGGCCACCACGGCCAGGGAGCUGUCGGUGGAGAGCCUGACGGAGAAGCUCCAGAAGAUGGAGGAGAGCCAUCACAGCACCGCUGAGGAGCUGCAGGCCACACUGCAGGAGCUGCAGGACCAGCAGCAGGUGGUGACGGAACUGACAGGGGAGAACGAGCGUCUGGCCGAUCAGAAGCGUCGUCUACAGACCUCCCUGCAGGAGCAGCGGGAGCGCGUGGAGCUGCUUGCACAGAAGAACGAGGCGCUCCUGCUGCGCCUCCGCGACCAGCGCGACGAGUCAGCCCGCACCGGGGAGCUGGAGCAGCGCUACACCGAGCUGGUGGAGAGCUCACGCUUCGAGCGGGAGAAGCUGGUGGAUAUCCAACAACAGCUCACUGGAAGCCUGCGACAGCUGGAGAAGGAGCAGAAGGAGGCACAGGGGGACGCCAGAGCGCUUCGCGAGGAGAGAGAGCUCAUGCGGGCGGAGCUGGAGAGGGAGAAGGAGGCGCGCGAGGAGGCGCAGAGAGCGGUGGAGGCGAGCGGGGCCGAGACGGAGGCUAUGCGGGCGGAGGUUGGGGGCGUCAGGGCCCUGGUGGAGGCCGAGAGGCAGAAGGUGGCUGAGCUGAAGGCCGUGCAGGGGGCCAGCGACAGCACGGAGCUCCAGGGACUGCUGAAGGCGGCGCACGACGAGAGAGACCGACUGGAGGAGCAGUGCUCACAGCUCAGGCAGGAGGUCCAGCAGGCUCACGCCGACUCCGAGAGGACCAGAGCCGCGCUAGAGAAGGCGGAGGUGGAUCUUCAGCAGGUGCUACGUGCGGAGGAGGAGCAGAAGAGCGUGCUGAGUGGUAACGUGAGCGAGCUGCAGGAUCAGGUCCAGACGGCUGAGGCCCAGAUCAGGGAGCUGAAGGAGACCAUCUUUGAACUGGAGGACCACGUGGAGCAGCAGCAGGCUGUACACUUGCACACCAAGCAGACCAUCAUCGACCUCGAGAAUUCGCUAAAGAAGGUGGAGGAACACAAGAUGGAUCUGGAGAAGCAGAUCAAGGCCAUGAACCGACAGAUGAAGGAGGACAAGGAGGAGUGGCUGCGGUUCCAGGCGGACCUGCAGACGGCGGUGGUGGUGGCCAACGACAUCAAGGUGGAGGCGCAGCAGGAGGUGCGGGCCCUUCGGCGACACCUGCAGGAGGAGCAGGAGCGCAGCGGCCGCCUGGCCACCGAGAUGGAGCAGCUGCAGAUCGGCAGGUCUCAGAGUGACGGCCGGGCGCUGUCCAAAGCGGAGGAGAGGGCGCAGUGGUGUGGCAUCCCCAUCCUGAACCAGCAGCAGCAGCACGGCCCUGCCAGCGCGAACAGGGACGAGGGCAACAAUGGGGGCGGGGGCGGCGCUAGCAGCCAGGGCAAGACACCUGCUACAGUCAAAUCCCUCAUCAAGAACUUCGAUCGACCCUUUGACAAUGUUCCAGCUAAAGCACUAAAGGUCAGCCUGUCCAGCCGCAGUCCCCUGAGUGGCAUCCCCAUCAGCACUUCCCCCUCCGCUACAGUGCACCCCACACAGAGACACACAUCAGUCAAGCCAUUGUCCAAGACCCAACCGAGAAAGGUCAACUACUCUCUACCAGAUCCCCUCUCCAGCCCAGGUGAAGAACUGAAACCUGCAUCCUUCAUGAGAAAGAGUCCGUCACUGGAGUCUGUGAUUAAGAGUCCAGCAGCUCUGUGCAGUUCGCUAGGCUCUUACAAUUACACAUGGGACAACAGCAAGCUCAGAGCGGAAAGAAAAGACCCUUUGGCCGCUCUGGCGCGGGAGUACGGUGGAUCUAAGAGGAACGCUCUACUGAAGUGGUGCCAGAAGAAAACAGAGGGCUAUCCGAAUAUUGACAUGACCAACUUCAGUAGUAGCUGGAGUGACGGUCUGGCCUUCUGUGCCCUGCUGCACUCCUACCUGCCGGCCCACAUACCUUACCAGGAGCUCAUCAAGGAGGAUAAGGUCCGAAAUCUGACUUUGGCCUUCCAGGCAGCCGAGAGUAUUGGCAUCAAACCCUCCCUGGACAUCGAUGACAUGAUGCACACAGACAGGCCCGACUGGCAGAGCGUCAUGCACUACGUGUCUCAGAUAUACAAGUACUUCGAGACCUGACCCAUGGCCAGAAGAGAGCAGUACGAGGUCCAAGGCACAGGAGCACUUUCUACCUGGUCAAAUAAACAUCCUUUACAGACAUGCAUGCACACACUUGCGCAUGUGCACGCACAGCACAGCACACGCACACACACACACACACACACAUACACAAAUGCAAUUGUUAUUGCACACAUGUAGUUUCAUUUUCAUCUAUUGGCGUAUCUAAUGACAACAUUUGUUAUUUAUAUCAUUUUCAUCAUAUCCAUUAUUAUGUAAGUCAUCUCUAAGGGCAGAAGAGAGGAUGGACGAUGCCAUACUUCACUACAUAAUGUCACACUGAAACUGAGUAUAUGCCUAAAGUCUUAAACAGUACAGUAAAGUAAAGUAGGGGCAGCUGGUCAUGAGCAAGCCAAACAGCUCUUCAUGCCAACACUUAUGUGGUACAGUAGCAUCAGUAUUCUUACAGUAGCAUCAGUAUUUCAAUACCAGAGCAAUUACUGUAGCUUAACACACACAUACACACAGAUACAGAUGGUGUUAGAAAGCACUUGGAGACAGCAGAUUUCUGUCAAGGUAUGCUCCCUCCUGGGAAAUUAGAGUUAAAUCUGUUAAUAUAUUUUUUAAGAAGACAAUAUUACUUCUCUAUUUUUAACAUACCACAAAUAAACCAACGCACAAUACAAAUUACCCUCCUUGGCAGAGGUGAUGAAAGAUCAGAUAUGUGACAAGUAAUGCUUGGACUGUCAGAGGUGGAUCAGAUGCAAAGACCAAAAGCCGCACCACAUAUUAGUUCCACAACAUUAACGGACCCGUAUGACUUUAAUUAAAAUCCCAUAUACAGCCUGACGCACACAGGAAGAGGAGCUGAUUCAUUGUGCUGCAUGCUGUAGGUGGAACUAGGAACCGAUAUAUGGCAGGUCUUUUCCUGGGUGAAGACAGACAGCAAUACCCAGCCCUGUGUCGGCCGGGCUGCUGAUGGUUUGCAUUCAUGCAGAACUGAUGAGAAGAUAAUGGGGCUUGUGGUUGGAGAUAAGGCUCUGUAGUAAAAAUCGUUAUGGAAAUAAAAUGUAGAUAAGGUAUAGCAGUGAAGAUCCAUUUGUUGUGUAGAUAUAUAUAUAGGCUAUAAUUUACACCGUAUCAUUAUUUGAGGCCAUCAUAGGCACACAUCGUAUGACUCUUCUCAUCCUCCGUGGCUGUAUUUAUAGGAACUCUCAUUAUUUAUUAAAACAUCAAAACUUUUUUGUUUUAUUGGCAAAGUGUGUAUAUUUUCUAUUUGCGAGUUUGACUUUUUACUAUAAAUGUGAACUAUAGAUGAAAACGGACAUUGAUAAUAAAGUUUUUG